AUGAUUCCCCGAAUUGAUGUUUUGGGCCGCCCUAACAAUAAAUCUUUUCUCAAACCUGUCGUUUUGGAAGAAGUUCUGUUGUCACACCAACAAAAAGUUCAGAAGUAUCUCUCGCAACAGAGUCAGCAACCGAAAGAUUAUAUCAGAGUCUUCCGCAAAUAUCAAACGCUCAUUUGCCGUCAAGCUGAAGAGGAGAUGGAAGCAUUUAUUGAACAGCCCAAUAGCUUUGCUGAUUAUUGCACUCAAGUGGAUAAAUACCAAAAGUUCACUGACGAUCUUACUUACCCACAUAUCCAGGUGCUGCGUCUCAACAUGUUUGAGAUUCAUUGUGAGGAGCUCUAUCAUUCCCUGGGUUUGAAAGCAGGGAUGAUACGGCAACAAAUUUUGGAUAAAAUCCGUAAUGACUAUAUCAGCCAAAUGAAGAACAUUACCCAACAGCUAAGCGAUAUAACCACUAAAGCUUUAACAACACCGUCGAACACAGCGCAUCUUAUGGAACUGAAGAAAGAAGUUUACAACAUUGAGAACGAGCAGAUACCCGAGUUGGAGAAGCGAUUAGCAGAUUUGCUGAAGCAGUUGAAUUUUUUGCUGAAUACGGUGCACGUACAGGCUAAAGAUAUGGAGCUUAGUACAAGCACCAUGAAUUGGUAUCGACGAAUGCCAGACGUCUUCAUGGAACAUGCCGUCUUGAUUGAGGAAAAGCAGCAACAGUUUAAGGAGGACCUCAAGUUGAGAAAAGAGAGACUUACUGAAGAUCUUGAAACCUACAGUAAACAAAGCGAGGAGUUCCGCACCUAUGGCGACAUAGACGAAGUCAAGAAAUACGCCCGUAAAGCGCAAGCACUUGAGGCAAAGUUAAAUACAGCCGGCGAGAAAAUUGAAGCCAUUAACGAAGAGGAGGAGUCGUUUGAACUUGAUGUAACGACAUUUCCGCAGAGACAGCAAUUGCUGACAUUUAUAAAGCCGUACAUAAAUCUGUACAACACAUCUAAUGAUUUCAAUGAGAAAUACUCAGCGUGGAUGCACGGGCCAAUGACAGAGGUCCAUCCGGAUACAGUGGAGACAGAAGUAGGCAACAUGUGGAGAGAACUGUACAAGCUACGCAAAUUCUUCGAUUCUGUGCCGGCCCCAAAAAGCAUUGCCAGCAAAAUGAAGAGCAAAGUCGACAAUUUUAAAACACACAUGCCAAUAGUACAGACCCUGUUCAAUCCUGGAUUGCGCGAGCGACACUGGGAACAAAUAUCGGAAAUCAUCGGCUUUGCAUUACGCGGGGACCCUUCAAACACUUUGCAUAAAAUCGUUAAGAUGAAUUUGGAACCGUACAUUGACAGUUUCGAGACAAUCAGUGAUUCAGCGAGCAAAGAGUUUUCAUUAGAGAAAGCGCUUCAGAAGAUGAAAGCCGAGUGGGAACCUCUAACGUUUACAGUCAUACCCUAUCGACAGACAGGAAUUUAUAUUUUGUCAUCGAUCGAGGACAUCCAACUAUUACUUGAUGAUCAUAUCGUCAAAACGCUGACAAUGCGUGGAUCACCGUUCAUAAAACCCAUCGAGGCCGAAACUAAAGAAUGGGAGCAGAAUCUGACGCAUUUGCAGGACAUCCUGGAUGUUUGGAUAAAAGUGCAGUCUAUCUGGAUGUACCUUGAGCCAGUAUUCAGUUCUCCAGAUAUCGUCAUGCAGAUGCCUGAAGAAGGGAGGAGAUUUGGCGUUGUUGAGAAAACAUGGCGCAGUAUAAUGGCGUCAGUGUGUGAAGACAACCGGGCCCUGUCUGUAGUGAAGAUCGAUAAGAUGUAUAAGAAACUGUGUGAUUGUAAUAAAUCACUGGAACACAUUCAAAAAGGGUUGAACGAAUAUUUGGAGAAAAAGCGUCUCUAUUUUCCUCGUUUCUUUUUCUUAUCCAACGAGGAAUUACUCGAGAUCCUGUCUGAGACAAAGGAUCCGACGCGAGUUCAGCCCCAUCUGAAGAAGUGCUUUGAAGGCAUUGCCAAAUUACAAUUCACCGAUACCCUAGAUAUCACGCACAUGCUAAGUAGCGAGGGAGAAGUAGUACUACUUAAGAACGUCAUUUCCACAUCAAAGGCACGAGGUCAGGUUGAAAAAUGGCUGCUUGAGUUGGAAACGUCCAUGUUGGCGACUUUACAUAAAAUAAUCGGGGAGGCUAUUACGGAUUAUGAAAAUGCGAAGCGAGUGGAGUGGGUGCGCAACUGGACAGGCCAGGUGGUUCUUUGUGUUAGUCAGAUGCAUUGGACAAUCUGCGUAACAAGUGCCAUUAGAACGGGACUGGGUGCCUUGCAGAUUUUCCUUGAACAAAACAACGAUCAAAUCAAGGAAGUGGUGGAGCUGGUUCGUGGCGAUCUGUCCAAACAAAACCGCGUUACUUUACAAGCGCUUAUUGUAUUGGACGUGCAUGCCCGCGAUGUACUUAGCAUCCUGGUCAACAAGAAUGUAAGCGAUGAAUUAGACUUUGAGUGGCUUAGUCAACUGAGGUAUUACUGGAUCGAUAACGAAAUGGAGACACGGAUGAUCAACUCUAUGUUGAAAUACGGUUAUGAAUACUUAGGAAACAGCAGCCGUCUUGUUAUUACGCCCCUUACAGACAGGUGUUAUCGGACACUAUUUGGAGCUUUGCACCUUCACCUUGGUGGUGCUCCCGAGGGUCCAGCCGGUACAGGCAAAACAGAAACUACUAAAGACUUGGCCAAGGCAGUCGCUAAACAAUGCGUAGUUUUUAAUUGUUCGGACGGCCUGGACUACAUCGCUUUGGGCAAAUUUUUCAAGGGUCUUGCGUCUUGUGGCGCCUGGUCGUGUUUUGAUGAGUUCAACCGAAUUGACCUCGAAGUAUUAUCUGUAGUGGCCCAGCAGAUCCUUACAAUUCAGAGAGGAAUCAACAGUGGAAGCGAUACACUCCUGUUUGAAGGAACAGAAAUAAAAUUAGAUCCUACUUGUUCUGUUUUCAUUACCAUGAACCCUGGAUAUGCUGGUCGUUCUGAACUUCCAGACAACUUGAAAGCUCUUUUCCGAACUGUAGCUAUGAUGGUUCCCGAUUACGCCAUGAUUGCUGAGAUAUCAUUAUAUUCUUGUGGCUUUAUCCAAGCGCGUCCUCUCUCGGUAAAAAUUGUCGCCACAUAUCGCUUGUGCUCCGAACAGCUAUCCUGUCAACACCACUAUGAUUACGGCAUGCGAGCUGUCAAAUCGGUGCUAACAGCGGCCGCGAACCUCAAGUUGAAAUAUCCAACGGAAAACGAGGACAUCCUAAUAUUACGUUCCAUCAUUGAUGUGAAUAUGCCAAAAUUCCUGGACCACGAUCUACCGUUAUUCCACGGAAUUACCUCCGAUUUGUUCCCGGGCAUCACUCUUCCUGAUCCGGAUUACAAGAUUUUUAACAAAGCUGUAAAAAGCAAUUGCCUCAAGAUGAAUCUCCAGUGCACGCCAUAUUUCUUACAGAAAAUACAGCAGGUAUACGAAAUGAUGAUCGUGCGUCACGGAUUUAUGAUCGUCGGUGAACCGUUUGCUGGCAAAACCAGUUCCUAUCGCGUUCUGGCUGCAGCGCUUGGAGAUAUCCAUGAAAUGGGUCUGAUGGGUGAAAACAAAGUUAACAUCACCGUUAUCAAUCCCAAAUCGAUAACCAUGGGUCAGCUGUACGGCCAGUUUGAUCCCAUGUCGCACGAGUGGUCAGACGGUGUUUUGGCAGUAUCUUACAGGUCGUUUGCAGUGUCUCAGACACCUGCUCGAAAGUGGUUGAUAUUUGAUGGACCAGUUGAUGCUAUUUGGAUCGAGAAUAUGAACACUGUAUUAGAUGACAACAAGAAGCUUUGCUUGAUGAGCGGCGAGAUCAUCCAACUAGCGCCAACCACUAAUUUAAUCUUUGAACCGAUGGACUUGGAGGCUGCUUCGCCAGCGACAGUGUCUCGCUGCGGAAUGAUUUAUAUGGAACCUCUUUCUCUUGGUUGGAGGCCGUUAUUUUCAUCCUGGUUAAACACACUUCCUCCAACCAUGAAUGAUACGUACAAAGGAAUAAUCACAGACCUGUUCGAAAGAUUUCUAGAUUCGUGCCUUUGGCUGAUCCGAAAAGGAAAGGUUCGAGAAUUAUCAGCUACAUCGGACAGCAAUAUAGCUCGAUCGCUGAUGAAUCUGAUGGAGUGCAUGAUGGAUGAAUUGAGUGAAGAGACACGAGUGGUCAACAUGGAAGUACAUGAAGUGUUAUCAUGGCUAGAAAGUAUUUUCUUUUUUUCUCUCACCUGGUCAGUGGGCGCCACUUGUGACGAGGUUGGGCGCCAGAUUUUUAACGACCUUAUACGCGAACUGAUUGAUGGUGCAAUGUCAGAUGAGACCUACAAAAAAUAUGACUUUAUAAACAGAGUCGAUGCCCCCGUCAAACCUUAUCUGAACCCUUUUCCUUCGAAAGGAAGCAUCUUUGACUAUAAAUUCGACAAAGUAGAAACUGCUACUUGGGUUACUUGGAAAGAAGAGAUCAGAUUAGCACCACCAAUCCCAAAGGAUGCAACCUUCAAUGAAAUUAUCGUCCCUACUGUGGAUACUGUUCGCUACACAGAAGUUCUGAAAAUGCUUAUCACGCACGGCAAGUCAGUUUUGUUUGUCGGACCUACUGGGACAGGAAAAAGUUGUUACAUUACGGAAUUUUUACUUAGUAAAAUGGACAAAACUAAGUUUGCAGCAAACAUUCUGAAUUUUUCGGCUCAGACCACAGCAAACCAGACACAAAAUAUCAUUAUGUCAAAAUUAGACAAAAGAAAGAAAGGUGUAUUUGGACCGGCUAUUGGCAAAAAGUCUGUCAUCUUCGUUGACGAUUUGAAUAUGCCAGCAAGAGAAACUUACGGUGCACAACCACCGAUCGAACUCUUACGGCAAUGGUUUGAUCACGGUAACUGGUACGACUUGAAAGACGUGUCCAGAAUUGAAUUGGUCGAUCUCCAGCUCGUAGCCGCAAUGGGCCCUCCCGGGGGCGGUCGCAACCCGAUCACUCCGAGAUUUUUACGGCAUUUCAAUACGAUUACGAUUAACGAGUUUAAUGACAACGUCAUGUGCAGCAUAUUUAAAAAGAUACUCGACUGGCAUUUGGUCAAAAAUAACUUCAGCAGCGACUUCGAGUCUUUCUCCGUGAAGAUCAUAAACGCAACCUUAAAUAUUUACAAAGGGGCAAUGGAAAAUCUAUUGCCGACACCGAAAAAAUCUCACUACCUUUUUAAUCUUAGGGACUUCAGCAGAGUCGUUGCUGGGUUACUACUUUCUCUUCCAGAGACCGUACCGUCUCCAGAUUCAUUUAGCAGGUUGUGGGUACACGAGGUUUUGCGAGUCUUUUAUGACCGGCUUGUAGACAAUGAUGACCAGAAGUGGCUAUUUAAUUGCAUCGUACAAGUCUGUAGCGAAACAAUGGAAACAGAUUUCCACAAAUUAUUUUCUGAUUUAGAUUCGGAUGAAGAUGGUAUCGUUACAGAGGAAGACAUUCGCACCCUCAUCUACUGCAACUUUGGAGACCCCAAAUCGGAUAAAGGUUACUACAAGGCUGUCACUGACACGGAGUCUCUUCGUGAAGUGAUUGAGAAUUAUCUGGACGAGUAUAACAACAUGAGCAAAAGAACGAUGAAUCUGGUUCUCUUUAAGUUCGCUAUCGAACACGUGUCGAAGAUUUCCAGAAUUCUGAAACAAUCGAGGAGCCACGCUUUGUUGGUAGGUGUUGGAGGAUCCGGUAGACAGUCGCUGACAAGAUUGACAGCUUUCAUGGCUGACUAUGCUAUCUUUCAAGUGGAGAUUAGCAAAAGCUACACCAAAGUCGAAUGGAAAGACGACCUGAAGAUGAUUCUAAAGAAGGCUACCGAAACGGAAAACCACGCUGUGUUUCUUUUUACGGACACACAAAUCAAAGAGGAAUCGUUUCUGGAGGAUAUUAACAAUUUGCUGAACGCUGGCGAAGUUCCAAAUCUCUAUCAAAUAGACGAAAAGGCUGAAAUAUGCGAGAAUAUGCGCAAACUAGACAAGCAAAGAGAUAAAGCUAAACAGACGGACGGGAGUCCGGUCGCCUUGUUUAAUAUGUUUAUUCAGAGAGUAAGAGAACAGUUGCAUAUCGUGUUGGCUAUGAGCCCGAUCGGAAACGCAUUUCGAGAACGAUUGCGAAAGUUCCCAUCAUUGGUUAACUGUUGUACUAUCAAUUGGUUCCAGCCGUGGCCAGAAGACGCCCUAGAAGGAGUCGCUAAACGUUUCCUCGCUGAUAUUGAGUUGAGCGACGAAGAGAGGCAGGGAUGCAUCGACAUAUGUAAAAUGUUCCACACUAGCACGUCGGAGCUGUCGAAAAGGUUCUUUGAUGAAUUGGGCCGAUACAACUACGUGACACCAACCUCCUAUUUGGAGUUGAUGGGGACCUUUCAAACCUUACUGGAACGGAAAAGAAACGAGAAUACAAAACUGAAACAUCGUUAUGUUGUUGGCCUGGAUAAGCUUUUGUCAGCGGCGUCUGAAGUGGCGGUCAUGCAAACAGAUCUUGUCGACCUAAAGGCAGAACUGAUUGUUGCCGGUAAAGCAGUGGACGAGAUGAUGGUCAUUGUGGAAAAAGAAUCAACAGAAGUGGCACGGAAAGAGAAACUGGUAAAAGCAGACGAAGCCGUUGCUAAUGAACAAGCAGAAGCGGCGAAUGCCAUAAAAAAUGAAUGUGAUGCAGAUCUGGCCGAAGCCUUGCCGGCACUUCAUUCGGCUCUGUCAGCUUUGGACACAUUAACACCACAAGACAUAACCUUGGUUAAAAGCAUGAACAAUCCACCUCAUCUAAUUCGGCUCGUGAUGGAAGCAGUAUGUGUACUGAAAGGAGGGAAACCUGAUCGCGUGCCCGAUCCAUCUGGUUCUGGUAAAAUGAUCGAGGAUUAUUGGCCAUCUUCUAAACGGAUUUUAGGAGACAUUAAAUUCCUUGAAUCUUUGCAUAAUUUCAAUAAAGAUAAUAUCCCACCUGCAAUCAUGCGUCAGAUUCGCACCAAGUAUAUUUCCAAUCCUGAUUUUGAUCCCGAAAAGAUCAAAGUUGCUUCGACGGCAUGUGAAGGAUUGUGCAAAUGGGUAAGAGCUCUGGACGUUUACGACAAAGUGGCCAAAGUAGUUGCUCCAAAGAAAGAAAGUCUCGCGAAAGCAGAAAAAGAACUUUCGGUUGCAAUGCAGUCGUUGGAAAAACAAAGGGCCUCAUUGAGAGAGGUGCAAGAUAAACUGGAUCGUCUAAAUCUGCAGAUGGAGCAGAAUAAAAAGAAGAGAAUCGACUUGGAAAACCAGGUCAACCUGUGUACAACGAAAAUGCAUAGGGCGCAGCAAUUGAUAGGCGACCUCGGGGGAGAGAAGGAACGAUGGAGUCAGGCAGCUGAAUCUCUCAAACAUGCUUAUAUAAAUAUGACUGGCGAUGUAUUGGUUGCAUCGGGGAUUAUAGCCUAUCUCGGUGCAUUCACACCGUCUUUUCGACAUGACCAAGUUGUCGAAUGGGUUAAUGAAGUGAAAAACUGCGGACUACCUUGCUCGGAUUCCUUUUCCUUGGUUCAUACUCUCGGGGAUCCUGUCAGCAUCCGAGCCUGGAACAUAGCGGGUCUGCCUACCGAUAGUUUCUCUAUUGAAAAUGGGAUUAUUAUGACUAAUGCCCACAGGUGGCCGCUUAUGAUCGACCCUGAGGGCCAGGCAAAUAAAUGGAUAAAAAAUAUGGAGAAAUCAAAUAACCUGGCUGUUGUAAAGAUCACAGACUCGGAUUUGGUUCGCGUUCUGGAAAAUUGUAUACAGUUUGGAACCCCAGUCCUUAUGGAGAACGUGGGCGAAGAUAUUGAUCCGAUGCUUGAACCCCUUCUCUUGAAACAAACGUUUAAAUUGUCCGGUGCUCUUUGCAUUCGACUUGGGGAUAGUGUUCUUGAAUAUUCAGAGGAUUUCAAGUUUUACAUGACCACAAAACUGCGCAACCCCCACUACUUGCCGGAAACGGCUGUCAAGGUAGCUCUUUUGAACUUUAUGAUUACAGAAGAUGGUUUGAAAGAUCAAUUACAGGGAAUUGUCGUGGCUAAGGAAAGACCAGAAUUGGAGGAAGAGAAAAACUUUCUCAUUUUGCAAGGGGCUGAAAACAAAAGGCUAUUAAAAGAGAUUGAGGAUAAAAUUCUUGAAGUAUUAUCGUCAUCUGAAGGCAAUAUUUUAGAGGACGAGACAGCUAUCAAUAUUCUAUCGUCUUCCAAAUCCGUAUCAGACGAUAUUUCGGCAAAGCAAGCGGUUGCCGAGGAAACAGAGAAUAAAAUUGACGUUGCAAGAAGUGGCUACCAGCCAAUCGCUUUUCAUUCAACCACUUUAUUCUUCACGAUCACUUCUUUAUCAAAUAUUGAUCCGAUGUAUCAAUAUUCCCUGACAUGGUUUAUUAAUCUCUUCAUAUUAUCAAUUGCAAACGCAGAGCCCUCGGAGGAUCUUAAACUACGUCUGCAAAAUCUUAAUUCUCACUUCACGUAUUCGCUGUAUGUGAACAUUUGUCGGUCAUUGUUUGAAAAAGAUAAAUUGCUUUUCUCGUUCAUUUUAUGUAUUAAUAUCUUAAAGGCUAAUCAUGAAAUUGAUGAAGAGGAAUAUAGAUUUUUGCUGACAGGUGGAAUCGGCGUCGAUAAUCCGCUAGAAAACCCUUCUUCGUGGCUUCCAUUAAAAUCCUGGAACGAAAUCUGUCGCUUGGAUCAUCUUUCACAUUUUACCUCUAUUCGUAAAGAGUUCCAAGAACAUGCAAAUGUUUGGAAACCCAUUUAUGAUAGUUUGACGCCACAUAAAGAACCCUUUCCGGGUAAGUGGAAUAAUCUCAAUCAUAUUCAGAAAAUGCUGAUUCUACGCUGCUUAAGGGCAGAUAAAAUUGUUCCAUGUAUCCAAGAAUUUGUGACAGUCAAACUUAGCAAGAAAUUCAUCGAACCUCCUCCUUUCGACCUGCAAAGGUCCUUCGACGAUAGCAACUGUUGCUCACCGCUACUCUUCGUUCUUUCACCCGGCGCUGACCCGUUGGCUUCGUUACUCAAAUUCGCAGCUGAUCAAGGAUUUGCCGCCAUGAAAUUUGAUUCAUUGUCUCUUGGUCAAGGCCAGGGACCGAUCGCCAUUAAAAUGAUUGAAAAGGGAUUCAAAGAGGGUACUUGGGUUCUCUUGCAGAAUUGUCACCUGGCUGCUUCCUGGAUGCCGACUCUGGAGAAAAUCUGCGAAGAAUUUAACCCUGAUAUAGUUCAUCCGGAUUUCCGGAAAUUUGACAUCAACAUAAAUGUUUUUCAUCUGCUACCACUGCCAUUCGUUUCUGGAUUUUUCAGCUACAACAAAACAAAUGGCUGGAGAUACAUUUGGGGCUUCCAGGGAAUCUUGGGUGUGAUUCAGUUCUUUGGUUUGCUGUUUCUACCGGAAUCCCCACGUUGGUUUAUGCAAAAAUCCCUCAAAAAAGAAGCCAGAGACAUUCUGAUGAGAAUUCGAAAUGGCAAAAACGUCGAUGAAGAAAUUUCAGAAAUUGAAGCGAGUUUUCAAGAGAUACAGCGAUCCAAUGAAAAAUCUGGUGUUGAUGUCCUCAUACGUAUGAUGAAAACCCCAUCAGUCAGACGAGCUCUUAUGGUUGGGUGUGGACUUCAAUUUUUCGCACAGUUUUCGGGUGUAAAUACUGUGAUCUACUACAGUGGGAUAAUAAUUCAAAUGUCUGGUGUUGGUGAUGUGAGUACUGCAAUAUGGAAUUCUGUUAUUAUUAACUGUUUUAACCUCACAUUUGCUAUUGUCGGUGUGUGGCUGGUUGACGCCGUUGGAAGGAGGAAAUUGGCAAUUAUUGGUCUCUUUGGUUUAUUCCUUAGCAGCUGCUGUUUGGCUACCACGUUCCUUAUGGCCGUUAUCCAUUCUCCCGUGGUCAGCAGAAGAACUGAUUUGUCCAACAACACCUGCUCGACGUACAGUCUCUGUGAUAGCUGCAUUCAAGACACAUCCUGUGGUUUCUGCUUUGAAGAUAAAAAUGACGUCAUUAAUGGAAUUUGUCUUCCGGUCAGUAGCAGCUUAAACACGUUGCCUGAAGUAGGGGCAUGUAACUCUUCGUCGACUAAUUUUGAACCUGCUAAGACCUGGGCUUAUGACUAUUGUCCUGUCUCUUUUUCUUGGGUUGCUGUUGUGGGACUCGCUCUCUUUUUAAUGUUCUAUGCACCGAGUGUUGGACCUUUGCCUUGGACAAUAAAUGCCGAAAUCUACCCGUUGUGGGCGCGCAGUUCUGGCAAUGGAUUGGCGUCGAUGACAUGCGGUUUCUGCAAUUUGAUUAGUACUGCAACUUUUCUCGCCUUCGUCAGAGCGGUUCACAGUUAUGGAGUUUUUUACGUGAUGUCUUUCAUAGCGCUGCUCAAGUUAAGUGAAGAAAUGCACGAAUCUGAAUCUUUUAUUUACAGUCAGGAUGAUAUACUUGGCCAUGGUGCGACUUCUAACGUUUAUAAAGGUAUAUCGAAGAAAGAUGGCUCAUUUUGUGCUCUGAAAGUGUUCAAAAAUAAACGCGAUUCAACAUGGAAAAUUCUCAAACGAGAACUGGACAUAUUAACGAAAAUCAAACAUGAAAACAUUGUGCGGAUUUUUGGUAUGGAAAUAGAUGGUUGCACAGGUCAACCGAUCAUCAUAAUGGAAUUUUUGAAUCGGGGUACACUCUAUGAUCAGCUGCGCGAGCCUGAAAAUCUCUAUGGAUUUUGUGACCAGAUGUUUCUGUCUCUGUUGAAAGAUCUAGCGGCCGGUUUAACACAAUUGCAAAUUGCUGGAAUUGUGCAUCGAGACAUCAAACCAACUAAUAUUCUUCGAAGUAUUGUGUCCGAAGGAAGGGAAAUAUACAAACUCUCAGAUUUUGGUACUGCCAAAGCGAUUUCAGGUGAGGAUGAAAUGGAAUCCAUAGUAGGAACUGAAGAAUAUGUGCAUCCGGCAAUGUUUGAAAAGGCUUUUUUAAAUAGGGAAGCUGAAUUAAUAUCUUCAAUACAUCUUGACCAAUGGAGUCUGGGUAUCACUCUCUAUCACGUGGCCACUGGUAAAGUGCCGUUUCAGACCAAAGAAGGACUGCGGAGAAAUAGAAUGUGUAGAUUACAGAUGAUCAAACAGAAGCCAUCAGGUGUGAUAUGUGCCAGAGAGCAUGAAGACGGUGGGAUCAUUUGGGAGAGAGAAUUACCUGCAACCUGUAUACUAUCAAGGUUUCUUUCAAAAGAAAUUGGGAACACAAUCAGCCAUUUGUUGGAAACUAAUCUCGCGAAAGCCUGGACCAUUCCCGAUUUCCUGAGAAAUGUAGAAACACUUCUGAAAAAAGUUCCAGUUCAUGUUAUGCAGCCAAGCCAAGAUAGACUAGAAAUAUUCUACUUAAAUCCCCAGGACACAAUUCCUCAUUUAAAAGACGCGAUUGCACAGGAAUGGGAGAUUCCGGGUCAACAACAACUUUUAUUCCACGGUUGCAUUAACCUUACCUUACCAUUCGAAACCAAAAGCAUCUCUGAAUAUCCAACAACACGACUUGGACAACCGAUUAUUUUAAUUGAAAAGAACUUAAUCAAGGAUAUCAAAAUACCUACUUUAUUGAUCGAAACCAUAUCAUUUCCAAAGGAAAUAUCAGCCAAAGAUUCGAGCAUUGCCGUACAAAUAUGUGCUCAAAUCUAUAAGAUGAUGCGUCAUUUUCACCAUCACAGCCAUAUUCACGAUUGUAUGAUGUACACCGUAGGGAUAAUAAAUUCUCUGAUAAGUUCAGAAAUCAGAAACACGCAACUACUGAUGGGUCAUUUUAAUUAUCACUCAUUGAAACAAGAAUAUAAAUCGAGUUUCGAAUCUGUAAAUAUAUUGGAAAACUUUACCGGAUAUUCCACUAUUCGAAAAAAAUACAAAAACGUUAAGAUUCUUUUCAAGGAAGCCGAAAAGCUUUCGAAAAUCAUCAAAUCGAGGAAUAUUAUAACAGCAAAUGUUUAUUACAACGUAGCAGAAAGAAAUUACUUGGAAGCGAUAUUUAAAAAAGUCAAAGCCAAUUUUGAUGAACAUGAAAAGUUGUUUGCGAAAGUGAGAGAAGAUUUUCAAAACUGGCAAAGAAAAAGUCUCAAUGCCCUUGAGGUUAUUUCAAAUCUGAAAAAACGACUAAUAGCAGAGACAACAUUUCAAAAGAUAUAUGAAAAUACCAAAUGGGAUAAAAAAAUUCGCCAACAAACAAAUGAAUUGAUUGCCUGCUCAAAGACAGAAGCAAAUAGAUUAUCGGAUUUAAAUUCUGCCUUAGACCAAUUGGUUUCUUUUGAUAUGUGUUUCAAGUGA